AUCAGUCAAGCACGGUAUCAUCCAAAGAAACAUUAACUCAAAUAUUACGGACGUAUGCUUUGAUUGAUCAAACUAAGUCUGCUGAAGAGGUUAUUAGAGAAGAUUUAGUCGCUCCGUUUAUACAAGAGACAGUCAGUAGGCCAGUUCUUGAUAAUCCUUCACAACAAUCAACAUCACAUGUUUAUCCUGCACGUUCUACACAUCCUCAAAGUCAGAUAUCGACCAAAGCUUACUUUACUAAUGCAUAUUCAAAAGAACCUUUGGCUCUUAUGUACAAUAGAAUAUUAAAAUUUAUCAACGCUGAAUGUUAUAUUCUUCUAAAAAUCACAAGAAAUGAUCUUAAAGGAACUAGCUUUGAAAUAUUGGUUAAUUCUGUGUGGGUUGAAGUAGUAGAUUCAAUAACAAAAAAGCUGCCUGUGAUCUUUAAUCCAGGAAAUCCAAACACUUUUCACAAGAACUACACAAUAUCAAUGAACUUUUUGUUAAGCAUAGAAAGCAUGUGUGUCUCCAAAAAGUCCCUACUAUAUUUACGUAACCAUUCAUCUUACAUGGAAUUUAUGAAAAGAUGGCAAUUACCUGUGUAUUUUCAACUUCG